AUGCAGCUGCUUCAGAGGCACACGUCAGCAGUCCCGCCCCCUGACGACACGUCACCGUCAACAGUCCCGCCCCAUGACGACACGUCGUCAUCAACAGUCCCGCCCCCUGGUGACACGUCGUCAUCAACAGUCCCGCCCCCUGAUGACACGUCGCCGUCAACAGUCCCGCCCACUGACGACACGUCGUCAUCAACAGUCCCGCCCUCUGACGACACGUCGCCAUCAACAGUCCCGCCCCCUGACGACACGUCGCCGUCAUCAGUCCCGCCCCCUGACGACACGUCACCAUCAACAGUCCCGCCCCCUGACGACACGUCGCCGUCAACAGUCCCGCCCCCUGACGACACGUCGCCGUCAACAGUCCCGCCCCCUGACGACACGUCGCCGUCAUCAGUCCUGCCCCCUGACGACACGUCGCCGUCAACAGUCCCGCCCCCUGACGACACGUCGCCAUCAACAGUCCCGCCCCCUGACGACACGUCGCCGUCAACAGUCCCGCCCCCUGACGACACGUCGCCGUCAACAGUCCCGCCCCCUGACGACACGUCGCCGUCAACAGUCCCGCCCCCUGACGACACGUCGCCGUCAACAGUCCCGCCCCCUGACGACACGUCGCCGUCAUCAGUCCCGCCCCCUGACGACACGUCGCCAUCAACAGUCCCGCCCCCUGACGACACGUCGCCGUCAUCAGUCCCGCCCCCUGACGACACGUCGCCAUCAACAGUCCCGCCCCCUGACGACACGUCGCCGUCAACAGUCCCGCCCCCUGACGACACGUCGCCGUCAACAGUCCCGCCCCCUGACGACAUGUCGCCGUCAACAGUCCCGCCCCCUGACGACACGUCGCCGUCAACAGUCCCGCCCCCUGACGACACGUCGCCGUCAUCAGUCCCGCCCCCUGACGACACGUCGCCGUCAUCAGUCCCGCUGCCCGCCCCCCACCCGACCCUCCCAGCAGCCCCAAUCUGCCCAGAAAGUGGACAUGCGCAGCGUUCAACAUGGAAUAUGAUUUCCUGCAAUCCUUUCAUCCCUUUAGCUUUGUUUUCUCCCAGAAUGCAUCACUCCAACUCUCACACAGUAAGUCCGAACCGUUUUCAGUGA